AUGAAUUUGAAGAAACAAGAAAAACCGCCCGCCCUCGAAAACUCUUCAGAUAUAAGGCCUCCCUUACUGCAGUUUCCUAGCACAAACACUUCUGCUCCCACACAUCAGAUCAAAAUCAUACAAAACUCAGUCAUGUCUGAUAACGCAUCAGCUCAAGUACCAACAUCAACCCUUGAUCCUGCGUCUGCUCUUACUGCCCAAUCUCUGAAUACAACAGCAGAAUCAUCAAAUACCACUGAAUCAGCUGCUGCAGUUGUUGAAAAUUUGCAUCUGGGUCAAAAUACUGAAUGUGCCCCUGACUUAGAACAUUUGGAACAUACAGAAGCCCCAAGUGUACCCGUUACUGCAUCACUUUCUGCUACAGAAUCCAAACAAGCCGCAGAAAAAAUAGCUGAAGCCGAGCCAAACACCGCUGCUGAAAUAAGCACUGUUUCACAAUCUGCUCCUGCGGCAAAUGCUGCAGUUGAGCGCUUUGCUACUAAGGAUCAUCCCGAUCUUUCAGCCGAACCGGCUGGCUCUAAUAUUCCAUCUAAAAGUGAUUCAGCACUAUCAAAUAAUACUAAAGCAGAACCGUCAAAACUUGUAGAAAAACCGACAGCAACAGCAAAAAAUGACGAAGGUACUGACUUUUCCAUUAUUUUUUCAAAAUUACUCCAACCUUAUUGA